AUGUCCCAGCAGCAAGGUCCCAAGGCAGCUCAACCAGACGGCGCAAGCCCCGCAGCCCCAGAUCCAAAUGCUCCAGCCGCUCCUGCUGCUCCUGCUGAUCCUGAGAAGCAUGAAGCUGCUUCUAGCGCUAUACGUACCAUUGAUGAAUGCAAACCGAAAUGCCAAUCACAAAUCGGGGACAACCUUUUUGACUGCAUGAUAAAGUGUCGAUAUGGUUAA